UGUUUAUCUGAGUGCUCUCGUUGGAGCUGUCGCUAUUAUCGUUCGUAUAAAUGAGAACUCCUUUUCCUGUAACUCAUUUCUGCGUUGGAAGACCAGAAGAAACGUUCACAAUGGCGCGAGUCUUAGAUGUUGUUCCUCUGAUGCUUCUCCUGGCAGCUACCAGUGCGCAGCCAUCAACUUUGGGGGAACCCGGUGCUGCAAGCAUAAGUCGCGUUGGCACCAACACGGUGCAGUUCGCCUCGCCCGCCACGUACCAGUUCAUCAUUGUCACCAUCUCGACCAAGUUUGGCGCUGCGGAUGGUGGCCACACCAACUCUGCCCGCUUCAGUGUGGAGGUCAACGGCCAGCGCCUCGAGACGAUCACCAACUCGCUCUCCAUCCAGAAGGGAGGCAACAGCGGCCAUUACUGGGGAUACGAGACUUACGCCGUCUCUCAGAAGAUGCUGACGUACGGAGUGUUUGCUGGCAACAGUGUGAGAGUCAAUUUCCUUGACGGAAACUUGCACAUUGCCAGUGAUAUCCGUGUGGACCUCUCUAACUAGAUUUAAUGUGGCCCCAGGCCACCGUUGCAAAAAAAAUUAUAGUAUAUUUUUAUUCAAUUGAAGUGAAGCUAUAAUCCUCAUUGCAAAAAUAAUUAAAGUGUUAACUAUGUUAUUAAAAUUCUCAACCAUGCGAAAGAAAAUUCAUACAGCUUCUCGUAUACUUUAUUGUAUUGUAUUAUGGCACUCGUGUGUAUGCCACCCAUGCUUUUAAAAAUAAACAUUCUUUUAAUAUCUUAAGCUUACGCUUGCUGAUGAUUUCUAUAAAAUAAAGUGUUUAGGAUACACUGAGAA